UCUGCCGCCACCACGAUAACAGCCACUGUCGGAGCAAAAAUGGUGGAGGCGAAGAGCUUGAAGAAAGCGGUGGUUCCGGCCACCCUCUUCGAACACCCUUCUCCGGGAAGCCUCCAGUCCACUCGUCUUGCCCUCCAUGUCAAUGGUACCGACGGCGACUCUUGUUGGGUGUAUAUUGCUUCUGGUUGCCGCAUUUACAAACUCCUUAUUUCAACAAAGAAUUCAUCGGUUGGUCUAGGGAAGGAGGAUCUCCUAAUUCCUGAGCAAACAGAGGUUCUGGACUCUGCAGUUGUCAGCCGCUGCCCUCAUCGCUCGGAAAUACAAUCCAUAGUGCUUGCUGAAACUGAAAGCACUGGUUGCUCAAUUUUAGGAAGUGUGGACUCUUAUGGACAUGUUAUAGUUUCUAAAUUAGAAACUUGUGGCAAAGAUGUUGAUAGGUCGACCUUUUCAAUCUCUCCCCGGGAUAGUGGUGUUGGAGAAGGUAGCUGGGCUGGCCUGUGCUUCAAUCCAACUCAGUGGUCCAUGGCAGCUGUUGCGCACAGUUUUGGCAAGAGCGUUGAUGUCUAUGACCAAGAUAUUCAUCUUCGCACUUUACGCACAUUGCGGUAUCCAACUUCACUAACAUUUAUGCAAAAUUUGAGUGGUCAGGGUGAAAGUUCCAUUUUAGCCAUCACAGAAGGGUGCCAGCUUAGUAUAUGGGAUUUACGAACGAAAGAAAAUGGAGGGUGUGUGCAUAGAAUUUGUGGGACAGUAGGGGAUAUCUGGUAUGCAGUCUGUAAUUCUUCGAAUGGCACUAUUGCGGUGGGUGGAGCUGAUCGCACCGUUUCUGUUUAUGACCCUCGCAGAUGGGCGACACUGUCAAGGUGGUUGAACUGCUCAAAAUAUGAGAUAACAAGGCUUGCUUUCUCAUCAGUCGAUUCAGAUUACAUCUAUGUGCAAGGAGUAGAUUAUGAGGUUCUGUGUGGACAGUGGAGAGAUGGCAAGAAAGCAUUUUCAUUUAGAGGAGAUUCAAAUUGGCUUGGGUUCAACAAGUGUUCUGACAGGGACCUUGUUGGGGGAUGGUGCGAUUCAGGGAGCUUGUUCGUGGCUGAUGUUGUUUGCAGGAAGAGCAAAUCACACGUGGAAAAUUUAGAUUCAUCUAAUGGAAAUGGACUCUUGAUCUCUUAAUCGAUCUUCAUUUAGAUUCUUCACUUCACAUCCAAAGAAAUCUCAGAUCUGUGCAACAUUAUCAAGAGCAAUCAUCACUCAUCAUCCCUCCGGUUUUUCUGUCAGCACCGCAAUGCUAGGGGCAGAAUUGGAAGAAACAAAACCCUUCUUCAGCCCUCAACUGGUGCAGCAUGUCAGCAUGCAAGGUGAGCCACUGAGCCCCCAUAGUUUUGUAUGCAGUCAGUCCAAGAUUCUCAUUCAACUGAAGUGAAAAGACUUUGUUGUCCUCCUUGUGGUGUUGCUAGUGUUCCAUUAGGCUAAAUUAUAGGAACUUUAACUAAAUGCUGUACUAAUACAUACUCUGAUAGUCAGAUUCCACUUCAAUCAGCAGAAAUUUAUGGCUUUUUUGAAGCAGCAGUCAAAA